AUGUCUGUGGAUGGGACUAAGUUAUUGUUUGAAGGCUUCCUGCAGAAAAGAAAAGAUACCAUGAAAUUGAGAUGGAUGACGUAUUGGUUCAGGCUUCAAAACGCAACCUUGUUCUUCUAUACACAGAAGAAUGGCAGCGCUUCACACUUGAAAGGCUAUUACUACAUCUUCACAGUUCAGUCGGUGCGAGAGGUCCAGAGAGUCGACAGCAAGCGCUUUGUGUUUGAGAUCAUCAUGAAAAAUGGAAAGAGGAAAGUGUUGGCAGCAGACACUGCAGUUCUCAGAAAGGAGUGGGUGGGGCAUCUAUGGCAAGCUAUGCAUCUUUCUACCUCUGUGGUUUCGGACUCCAGAAGCACCCACGUGGACGUGUGUGAGCAGCGAGAGAGGGUGAACAGCAGCGCACCCAUCUUCUCACACAGUGUGAUGGAGUCGCUGCCUGCUCGGCCCCUCUCUGCCCCCUCACACAUCCAGCAUGAGAUCAGGAGCAUCGCCCCCUCUGAGGAGCCAGACCGUGAGGAGACCCUGUACCAAAACACACUUCCAGACUGUAGCUACCAGCAUCACAAUGGUUCACAGUGGACGAGUGGGUGGAGCAAUGCAGUGGAAGGAGACUAUGACAUUCUACCACUUAGAAACAAGGUCUGUGAGGUCAACGCUUCAACAGACAUGGACGAGGACGUGUACGACUUUCCUGUCUCUUACAGGAGGGCUGCUGAACAGCCAAACCCCACAGAGAGCAUCUAUGACGUCCCGAGCGCUCUUCUGAGGAGGAUGCCUGAUCGCCCUUCAGAGGACCAACCGGAGGACGGGGACUACUGGAGGAUAUGAGAUCCAGUUUGAGGACAUAAGUUAUAGACUGGAUUGUAGCAGCAGCA